AUGGCUGCUACAUUCCAAGCCUGGCGAGUCUAUCCAAAUGCAUCCAUCCAGGAUGAGAAGUCCAUCGGAAUCCUAGAUAACCUUAUUCUUGAAGAAGUCAAAACACCGGUUCCAGGCCCCGGACAAGUCCUUGUGCGUAUCCAUGCAACAGCACUAAACUUCCGCGACUUGCUCAUCACGGCCUUUUCACCCAAAUAUCCCAUCCCAGCCCUACCCGGUUUAUCCCCGUGCUCUGAUGGAGCAGGCUCUAUAGAAGCCAUAGGUUCAAGCAAUAACAACAAAUGGAGAGUCGGUGAUGAAGUCAUAUUCCGAGUCACCAACUCGUGGGAUGAAGGCGAUGUCUCCAACUUCAAGGGUAAUGGAUUGGGUAGUGGUAAUAUUCAGGGGACUUUGAGUCAGUAUCUAGUUGUUGAUGAGUCGUGGUUGGUCAAGAAACCCGCCCAUCUCACUUGGGAGCAAGCCGCCAGUAUCGCUGGUGCUGGUGGAACUGCUAUUCAAGCUCUCUUUCACAAUGGUAUAUCCAAUGAUUUGAAUCUCUCUGGGAAAACGAUCCUCACGCAGGGCACUGGUGGCUCAUCCAUAUUCUCCGCCCAAUUCGCGCUGGCUGCCGGAGCCCACGUCAUUGGCACGACUAGCUCAGACUGGAAAGGUGAGUUACUCAAGAGCCUCGGGGUGCAUGAAGUGGUGAACUACAAAACCCACCCAGCAUGGGCCGAGGAGGUUUUGAGACUCACAGGUGGCAGAGGUGUAGAUCUGGUCAUUGACGUUGGUGGCUCCGCGACUUUUGAGCAGAGUCUCAAAGCUGCGCGUUUUGGGGGUACUGUAGCUGCGGUAGGGUUUAUGACGGAGCCUCAACCGUCUGAUCCUGGCUUGAUUCAUACAAUCAUAUUCGGCGCAAAGACGAUACGAGGUCAAAUGGCUGCUAGCUUAGAGAUGUACCAUGAGCUGGUUGAAUUGACAGAAAAGCACAGAAUUGAGCCUGUCGUUGGACAAGUUUUUGAGUGGACAGAGGCUAAGGAGGCUUUCAAAGCAUUGAUGCAGCAGUCAGUCCCGGGCAAAAUUGUGAUAAACGUCUAG